AAACAACAAUACGUUGCACCAAGCCCUGAUGAUUCCAAGCCAACUCCAACACCUGAAAAUAGUGGACUUACUGGUGGACAGAAGGCUGGUAUUGUUAUUGGCGUUCUUCUUGCUGUUAUCCUUAUUAUUCUCAUCAUCUACUUCGUUUUCUGCAGGAAACCAUCUAAAGAUAAAUCAUCAUCUGAUAUCCAAGAUGAUUCCGGCUCCGGUGUUAAUGUGUAA